UAUUGAUGCAUGGAGUGUCUCAGUGGAACGAGCGCUAUGUGAGAACUCCCAUAGCUGACUGUCAGAGGGAAGGUUUGAGCUGAACUCAGUAAUUUCACUGACAGCAUGAAUGAAAUCAAACUUGCUGUGUUGGGAACCGAAGGAGUUGGGAAAUCCGCCCUGAUUGUGCGCUUUCUGACCAGGCGUUUUAUCGGCGAGUACGCGUCCAGUUCGGAGUGCAUCUACAAAAAACGCUUAUCCAUAGAUGGCCGACAAAUUAACUUAGAAAUAUUUGAUCCUUGUUCUCAAAAUUUGGAGAAUAAGUCAUCACUGAUUGAUCAAGUGAACUGGGCUGAUGGGUUUAUCGUAGUGUAUGAUAUUGGUGAUCGAUCCUCCUUCGUCUCAGCGAGGACUCUCAUUCGGCAACUACGUGAAGUGAAUAAUGAGAUCUGCAAAAGGGAUGUUACAUCAGUGAUAUUUUUAGUUGCCAACAAGCAGGACUUGUGCCACAUGAGAGAAGUGAGAGAGGAGGAGGGGCUGCUCCUAGCUGCAGAAAACAAAUGCCACUUUUGUGAACUGUCAGUGGCUGAAGAUCACCAGGAGGUAGGAACAAUGUUUUCAAAGGCCAUCAGGAAUGCAAGUGGAAAUCGUAGAAGGCGACCCAGCGGCUCAAAGUCAAUGGCUAAAUUAAUUAACAACGUGUUUGGCAAAAGAAGAAAAUCUGUGUAAUAUAAUGUAAGUUCCCCUGAUGCCUAUGUAGGAACAAAUGUAAGGCCUUCAAUAAUAUCUGGUGUUUCCCACCUUCUUAAUUAUUCCGGAUCAAUAGAGAAAUAAUUCUUACCAGCUGUUCUUGUUUUGGAUGAAAAUGUAAAAUGAAUAAAGAUUUUUCUUACUGGCAUUCCUGACGCAAGUCAGUAUGUAGAGAAUAAUGUAGUUUAAAACUGUUUUACUUAGAUUUGCUGUUCAAACAUCUUGGUGCCCCUUGAGGUGAAAGCACUAAUUUUAAUGCUAUUUAUGAUAUUCUGAUUUAUUUUCAAUGACUUCCAUACAUAUUGGUAUAAAAUGAUAUAAAGUCUAAUUGUGUAGUCAGAUCUAAACGUUAUAUUUUGAUAAGUGUUAGGUGUAAUCAAACUGUCGGUGAGAUCAUCAGUGAAUAUUAAGGUUGAUCUGUACGAAAUAAUAGUUUGUCUACACUUAGAAAGUUUUUCCAAAAUUGACCUCGAUUGCUCUUUUAGACACCGGUUGAUAUCUGUAGCAUGUGUUCAGUGCACACAAACGUACAGUUUGGCAUACAGUUUGUGUAAAUAUGUGAAAGUUUUGUAUAUCAUAAUACCUAUUGUAUCAAUAUAUGUAUCAAUCAUUCUAUAUUCCUAUUUUUUCUACUUAAAUUGUGAUCAAUGUUGUGCAAUUAAAAUCUUUU